AUGGACCCGAUGGAAGCGUACGACCCGUGCGCGCCCGGGGAGAUCAACUCGGAGAACCUCAUCUUCAUGCCGCUGGGCUCCGGACAAGAAGUGGGCAGAUCGUGCCAUGUGCUUCAGUUCAAGGGGAAGCGGGUGAUGUUUGAUUGCGGCAUCCACCCGGGGAUGAACGGCGUCGACGCGUUGCCCUUUGUAGAUACGAUUGAUCUCGAGAAGUUGGAUGUUCUGCUGGUUACCCACUACCAUCUCGACCACUGUGGCGCGCUACCCUGGCUGCUCACUCAUACGAAAUUCAACGGGCGCGUCUUCAUGACGUACGCGACGAAGAGUAUCUUUCGAUUGAUGAUCUCGGACUAUAUCAAGGUUGCAAAGUUCUCCGGUGGCGAGGCACGUAUGCUUUACAACGAAGAAGACUUGGAGCGCUGUAUUGAACGAAUUGAGGCCAUCGACUUCAAGGUGCAAGUCGACUUGGGCGGACUAAAAUUUUCUGCCUAUGUUGCAGGACAUGUCCUCGGCGCCUGCAUGUUCCUCGUCGAAAUAGGCGGCUCCAACUUCCUCUACACUGGCGAUUUUUCCCGGUUGGAAGAUCGGCAUCUUUGUGCGGCCGAGAUUCCGCCGGUCCGGCCUGAUAUCGUCAUUUCGGAAUCUACUUAUGGUAUGCAACACCACGAGAAUCGCGAGUCUAGGGAAAAGAGAUUCACCACGAUGGUACACGACAUUGUCAAUCGAGGCGGCCGCUGUCUGAUCCCGGCCUUUGCGCUUGGCCGUGCCCAGGAGCUGCUUCUAAUUCUCGAUGAGUACUGGCAAGAACACGAAGAACUCCAAGACAUUCCGAUCUAUUACGCCUCUGCCCUAGCCCAAAAGUGCAUGGACGUGUACCAGACGUUCGUCAGCAGCAUGAACAAGACGUUCCAGCAGAAGGCCGGCGUCAACAACCCGUUCAAGUUCAAGCACGUCUCCUAUUUGAAGGGUGGCUUUGAUCAAUUCGACGACAGCGGGCCCUCGGUUGUGUUGGCUUCACCGGGAAUGUUGCAAAGCGGGCUGAGCCGACAGCUUUUUGAGGCUUGGUGCGGCGACAGCAAAAACGGGUGUAUCAUUGCCGGUUAUUGUGUCGAAGGCACGCUGGCAAAGCACAUUCUAUCCGAACCUGACGAAGUCAUUGCGCUAAAUGGGACCCGGCUACAGCGUCGUAUCGAGAUUGGCUACAUCUCGUUCUCAGCCCACGCCGACUUUGAACAAACCAAAGAGUUUAUCAAGCAGAUGAAGCCCGCACAUUUGAUCCUAGUCCACGGUGAAAUGCACGAGAUGAGCCGCCUGAAAGCCGGCAUUCAACGCCAAUUCGAGGAAGAUGGCGUGCCGAUUAACAUUCACAAUCCAAAAAACACGGAACGCGUCGAAAUCGACUUCCAUCGUGCCCGCAAGGCGAAGAUCAUUGGCAAGCUCUCGACGACGGCGGGGGAUGGCAACAUCAUCGGCGGAGUGAUCGUUGAGCGCGACUUCGAAUACAAGAUCAUGGACCCUUCGGAUUUGAUGCAAUUCUCGGCAAUCCCGGUCUCAAAGCUGCAGCACAGCCUGGCCGUUCCCUAUGCGCAUAGUUUCAAAUGGCUACGCUACAACAUUCGCCAAAUCACCGACGAUUUUGACGCGCCGUCACUGGAAGACUUUGCCGACGAGCUCAAGGGAGGCGACCUCGUGCCAAUGUCGGCCUUUGGGGGAGCCAUCAAAAUGGAAUGGUGGCGUUAUAAGGGCGUGCUGGUGCUGUCGUGGGAUGGAGGAGUGACCAACGAUAUGUACUCCGAUGCCUUGGCCGCCGCCAUCUCCCACGCAAACUCCAAUCCGGUUCCGGAAAAUCGGAUCCCGGAUCUCGACAGACUGGGCAAGAAGGAGGACCUCGUGAUGACGGCGCUUCAGAACGUCUGCGGAAAAGAUGCGGUGCUGACCAGAGAAGGGGACAUUAUUAGCAUAGAGGUCGAAGAAAAAGUGGCGAAAGUGGACAUGUCGACAAACGAAGUGACGUGCGAGGACCCUCAUCUGGAGCACCUCCUCAAGUCGAUCUCCCGAAACAUCUCCCUCUGCGCCCAUUCCACCCCGCCGGCUCGCGAUAUCAAGAAU